ACGAAAACGAAAAUCAAAUUACUGUCCGAUUUUCGCGGCAAGGAAGCACCGUUAUCAUUCCUGGUCCCUCUCUCUCUCUCUGUGUGAUUCGUAAUGGUCAUUUUGUGAUCGUUGGAUCAAGCAAAUGCAUCAGUUCUGCUGCGUGGCGACAGUAACGAAUCGCACCACCCAGGCCGGCACGACGCCGCCUUCGUCCUCAUCCUUGUUGGAGCUACUGAACAUGCCUGCCACGACGCCGUCGUUUCGAUCGCUAUCAACCUCGGGUCGAACCCGUGGAUCCCCUUCUCUACCAUCCUCCAACCGCAGCUGGUGCAUCCCAAGCACCAGCAACAACAACGACAACAACCGUCUGAUCCAGCGAUCCAAAUCCUCAACGGCGGACUUGUUUAAUCGGCAGCCGUCCGCUCGCGACAACCAGGCCCUAAUGGUGGAUCAGCGCGAGGUCAAGAUCAACGACAUUGUAGGGUGUGGAAUCUCCGGCGUUCUUCACAAGUGGGUAAACUACGGCCGGGGCUGGCGUCCCCGGUGGUUCGUCCUCCAAGACGGCGUUCUCUCCUAUUACAAAAUCCACGGCCCAAAGAAGAUCACGCUCAGUCAUGAAAAGGAACGAGGAUCCAUGGUCAUCGGCGAAGACUCCUUCCGUCGCCUCUCCCGCAAACCCCGCACGCAAUCCCGCCUCCGUAAACCCGUCGGCGAACUCCACCUCAAGGUUUGCUCGAUUCGGGUGAGUAAAUCGGACGAGAGAAGGUUCUCAAUGUACACGGGGACGAAGAAGCGAGUGCAUCUGAGGGCGGAGAGUGGGGAGGACAGGGCGGCGUGGGUGGAGGCGCUGAGUGCGGUGAAGGAGAUGUUCCCGCGGGUGUCGAAUGCGGAGCUGAUGGCCGACAGUAUGGUGGUUUCGACGGAGAGAUUGAGGCAGCGGCUCUUGGAGGAGGGGCUGAACGAGGUCGCCAUCCAGGAGUGCGAGAACAUUAUGAGGGCUGAGCUUUCCCAAUUGCAUAAACAUCUUGUGGUCCUCAAGCAGAAGCAGCUGUUGCUCAUUGACGCUUUGCGUCACUUGGAGACAGAAAAGGUUGACUUAGAGAACACACUUGUUGAUGAGAGCCAAAGACAAACAACAGAGCAAGGAAUAUCCUUUACCUCAAGGCUAGACAAAUUCAGUGAGGGAAGUGCAAGUGAUUCUUACGAUGACAAUGACAGGCAUGAGGGAGAGGAAGAAACUGACGAUGAUGACAAUGCAUUUUUCGAUACUCAAGAUUUUCUUUCAUCAAGUUCUUUCAAAAGUAAUGGGUCUAAUUUUCAGAAAUCACCACUGGAUUCUGAUGAUGAAGAAGAGGGUCUUGACUCUGAAAAUGGUGUUGAUUCUUUCAUUAGAUCUGUUGGAUCUAACCAUCCUUAUGUUAGGCGCCGUAAGAAAUUGCCUGAACCAGUUGAAAAAGAGAAGGGAGUUAGUCUUUGGUCAAUGAUCAAAGAUAAUAUUGGCAAGGAUCUCACCAAAGUGUGUCUUCCAGUUUAUUUUAAUGAGCCCCUCUCUUCUUUACAAAAAUGUUGCGAAGAUGUGGAAUACUCAUACCUUCUAGAUCAAGCAUAUGAAUGGGGUAAAAUGGGUAAUAGCCUUAUGAGGAUUCUAAAUGUAGCAGCAUUUGCGGUAUCAGGGUAUGCUUCUACGGAUGGAAGAUCUUGCAAGCCAUUUAAUCCACUGUUGGGUGAGACAUACGAAGCAGAUUAUCCAGACAAAGGCCUUCGUUUUAUCUCCGAGAAGGUCAGCCAUCACCCCACGAUUGUUGCAUGCUAUUGUGAGGGGCGGGGCUGGAGAUUUUCGGGAGACAGCGAUUUAAAAAGUAAAUUUUGGGGUCGUACGAUUCAGCUUGAUCCUGUUGGCCUUUUGACUUUGGAGUUUGAUGAUGGAGAAGUUUUUGAGUGGAGCAAGGUAACAACAUCCAUUUACAACCUCAUUAUAGGAAAACUCUACUGCGACCACUAUGGUACGAUGCGCAUAGAGGGAAAUCGUGACUACUCGUGUAAGCUAAAAUUCAAGGAGCAAUCAAUAAUUGAUAGAAAUCCUCACCAGGUACAAGGUACUGUCCAAGAUAAGGAUGGCAAAACAGUGGCAACUUUGAUUGGGAAAUGGGAUGAGGGCAUGCGUUAUGUAAUAGGUGAUGGUUCUAGGAAAGAGAAGGGAUCAAAUUCAUUGUUGGAGCCCCAGUUUCUAUGGAAGCGGAGCAAGCCAUCCAAAUAUCCAACCAGAUAUAAUCUAACACGCUUUGCCAUUACGCUGAAUGAGCUUACACAUGGACUUGAGGAGAAGUUACCACCAACAGAUUCAAGACUCAGGCCUGAUCAGAGGUGUUUAGAGAAUGGGGAGUAUGAAAUGGCCAAUUCGGAGAAGUUGCGACUAGAACAGAAACAGCGACAAGCAAGGAAGAUGCAAGAGAGUGGGUGGAAGCCAAGGUGGUUCGCUAAGGACAAAUUUAGGAAUACAUACCGCUAUAUUGGUGGUUACUGGGAGGCGAGGGAAAAGCAUAAAUGGGAAGGAUGCCCUAAUAUCUUUGGACAACUCCCGACUGAUCUAAACUUCGAGUAACAAACACCCCCUCCAAAAAAAAAAAAAAAAAGAAAAGAAAAGAAAAGAAAAAAGAUGAUACCUUUUUCUCUCUCUGAUUAUUUCUUUUACCUUUCCGGGUCUAAUUUCUUUAUAGAAGGCUUUGUUUUUUUCAAAAAAUGAAAAUUUAUUAUUUCUUCAUAUACACUAGAAGAUGAGCUUCCAUGCUUGCCAUUUCGAGCAGUUCAAGAGGCCACAUAAAGUGCGUAAAACAAGAUUGAAGAUGAUCUUAUGGCUUAAUAAAAGUCAUCAAUCUCAUCCUGGUCGAAGGCUCUCCCCCGACCUGCCAUCUCCAAGUUUUGAACAUCUGGCUGCUAGCCCCAUUACUUCCAGAGGUACAUGCAUAGAUAUCGUACUUGUGUUGAUGUUCAUAAUAAGAAACGAGAAUAUAGUUUUAACAAAUAUAACAUGUUACUGUAAAGUAAACGUACUCAAAUAUCUUCCUCACUGCAUUAGUGAAGGCAAUAAAUGAUGUAAUGAAGUAUCAGAAGCCAAUUAAAGCAAGGGUUUGUUAUAGGGAAUAGGAUCCUCCAUUUCAUUCGAAAUUGAUUCUAACGGUAUGCAUUAUGUCAAUGUUGGCACGUACUAUUAUAUACUAACCGCACUUAAAGCACAUUUACAUACAUUUUGAA